GUUACAUUAUAUUAUUAUUAUUUAUUAUUAUUAUUAUCUAAAAAACUUCUUCACAACAGCUUACAAAUGCAUAGGCUACAUUUAAGGUGGAUAUAACAUAACAGUCCUGAAGGAUGCUGAGCGCAGAAAAUCCACGUGGCUUCCCAGCUAAGACGAAAUGUUCCCAGAACUUUCGCUAAUGUUAUCUUUUCAAAGCUGACACAAAACGUUCUUACUGUGACGUUAAUGGAACAUUAUUUCCACGUUCUACAUUGUAACAACGAUUCAAUGUCAGCACGAUGAAAUUAUUACCUGACCAUCCUUUUAAUGCAAUUAAUUUUGAAAUAUUGUUUUAAGAUAAAAUAUUAUUGAAGGCAUAUAAAAGUGCUAUGUGUAUAUAUAGCAAAUACAUCUUCCAUCCUCGAACCCGUGAUCUACCAUGAGCAUCAUUAGCAUUUAUAUUGUUAGUCUUAGUUGUAGUAGUGCAGUAAUGUUCUGGGGACAUAAGGAAAACUGGACACUAAAUAUUUCCAUACCUUAACCGUAACGUUCAGUAAACGUCCCUAGAACAAAAAAUCGUUAGCGGGGUUAGAGCAGCUGGCAAGUUCAAAGAAGCGCUCACUUCCCACCCAGGUUCUGUUUAAAAAGCCCGCAUGAAAUGAACUUUUCUUCAAUGAGUCUCAGCGAGGAGGCGCUCAGGGCCAAAGAGUAAGUGGAGCGGCUGAGACGGGUUAAACGCGGCGGUCAGCCGUGACAUCAUGUGCCGGGGCUGGGCUGGCAGCGGGGCGGCGGGACUCCGGCAGGAGCGGACACAUCCAGAGGAGCGCAGCUGGAGACGGCACCGGGAUUACGCUUACCGACACCGGGUCCGGGAAAAACUAGCUGGGUAUUAAGGUAAAAUAAAUAAAUGAAACUGAUUAAAAAUCCGUAAAGUUUAGACAAAUCCAGCUCCUUUGCAUUAUAAUCACUAACCGCUUCAAGUGUUUAGAAAGCGAAAAAAAACUUUAAAUUUCGCAACUGGAUUGUAACAUGUAAUAAAACGCAAAUAGAAAUAUUUUUUGCGGACUGGUUUAUAAUAAUAAAAAGGACAGGAGGAAUAUAGGGAUACGGUGAUUUAGGAGGAGGGAAGCAGGGUGUCGGUCCCGAAACAAUGAAUUCACAGAAAGUGAUGAAGGAGGGAGUGCUGGAGAAGAGGAGCAACGGGCUGCUGCAGCUCUGGAAGACCAAGCGCUGCGUCCUGACGGAGGACGGGCUGCGCCUUCACGGCCGCCGGCGCGCCAGCGACGGGACGCUGGGCUUCAGCGCCGCCGCCAAGGAGCUGCGAUUCGAGCGCAUGGACGCCGUGGACUGCGUGGAACACAAGCGGGGGCUCAUCUACUUUACCAUCGUGAUGGCUGGCGGCCGGGAGAUCGACUUCAGGUGCCGGCAGGAGGGCACCGCUUGGAAUGCCGAGAUCGCGCUGGCGCUCGUGCGCUUCAAGAACCUGCUAGCGGUGCGGCACCGCGCGCCCCCGGGGGGCGCCGAGGAGGGCGGCUGCUGACGGCGGCCGGGAAGGACACAUUGCAGAGCUGGAACAGCAGGCGAUAGUGAUAUUUGUGUUCUUCAGCACCUUGCUGCCUUGGACCUUAAGAGCACAGACAGCUGGGGUGUCUAAAAGCUCUUCCCUGGAAUCAUGUGAAAUCACGCAGAACCAAAGACUAGAACCCUUUCCAGUGUCUGACCCUGUCAUAGACCCUCGCGCAGACACCGGCACACCACGGAUGUAGAAACACCGCAUCACGGAGAGGCAGUACCUGUGGCAUCGAGUCCACAUUCCUGGCUGACGAGCAUCUCAGAUCACACAGCAUUUCUUUCAUCCUGGCUGAAAACUGGAGUAUUUUGAGUUGCUUUGUCUCACAUACAGCAAAAUGUGUCCGUUUUGUGUUUAUGAAUCCCGGAACUCACAUCUUACACCUUAGAAUUGUUAUUUUAUGUUAUUCUUUUGACAUCUUUCUUGUUUUAUUUUACAUAUCUAACGGCAAUCAAGCCCUGGGACAUUACAGGCGAUGUAAGCAGUUAGCGGCAGGGAGGCGGGGCAGGCCAAAGCAGUGAGUCACCCCACGUUUUUAUUGGCAUGAGUGAGACCCUUUGGCUCAGGGAUGGAAACCAGAGAAGGACGGCCUUUCAGCUCAAGGGCUCCUUGGCGAAAAAAGCACCUGUGGUCUUUCUCAGAACGGAAAAUCGGAUCACUUGGAAUUUCCUGGGAUUCCGUCCGGGUCAUGGUCAGACGUUCAAUUAAUUUGCUGUGAGCCCCACCCAUGAAAAGUGUCCGACAGAUGCGCAGAUUGGGAAAUAUCUGUGUCAAAGACCACAGCGUAAUGUCUGUGCAAGCAACCUAAUCAAAACCCAGAAGGAGAUUGAGCAGGAGGAGGCGACACAGUCAUGUCACUCUCACCAGGGUUUAGGGUGAGUGUAGUUAUACGAAAGAACCUGCUGUUAUUGAUUUUAUCAAAUUUGUUGUCUUUGAAGGAGAACUUUAUUCCGGUACUGCUUGGGUCAUCGUGGCUUCUAGUAUAGCUGUCCAAUUUACAGGAUUCCCUUUGAAGUUCAACAGUGAGAGAAGGUUCAUUUCCAGAAUUCAGGAUGUACAAUCAUACCCCCAGAAGAGGCUCUAUCUAUGAUGAAAGAGUCUUACUAUGCUACUUGUUUGGAAGUUGUCAAAGUGUAUUUCUUGCUCUUGUUUUUCUAAAUGAUACUUUUUACCUUUAAUGGACCGUCAGUGUUGGUCUGCUUAUUUCUUGUGUUUUAAAUGAGGUAUCAAUCUCUUGCACUUACUAUGCAUAAGUUAUUAUAUGUGACAAGCUGACAUUCUAGUGUAAAGUAGCCGGUGAACCAUGAUUCUCGUGCGUCAUCCUUCUGAAACUACUGUUUAGGAUUGAUUUCCAGUGAAGGGUCUGUGAGUAACUCCAAGAGGAGCAGUGAAUUGAAAAAAAAGUGUGAUAGAAGCUUUGCUAGAACUACACAUUUAAAACUGAGAGUAUAAAAUGAGUAUAUGUAGUACAGUGCAAAAGUCAUAGGCAGCCAAAGAAAAUGAUGAUUAAAUGAUCUUCAUGUUGGUGUAAAACUGU